AUGCCUACAAGAAAGAAAACAUCGAUGUUCUUACUGAGCUUUCUCACAAGCUUAGGGUCUCUCGUCGUAAUUUGCUGUAUUCUUGGGACACAAGCUUGGGUCACUAGCACAAUUGCCAUUAGAGACUUUGCUUCGAAUGGUAGCGUUACCAUCACCUACGGACUUUUUCGUGGUAAGAGCGCUCAAGAACUGAAUCAUGGACUUGCAGAAUUACCCAAAAAAUUUGAAGUUCUAGGAAUAUUGAACAAUUCUUCCCAGAAAACUCUGCAUCUGGUGGCUAUCCUGUUCCUGGCCCUCAGCUUGUUUACCUCGCUGCUGAGUUCUGGGUUUACCCUGUACAACAGCAUCAGCAACCCCUACCAGACGUUCCUGGGACCAGUGGGGGUGUACACCUGGAAUGCACUGGGCGCAUCCUUCAUUUUCGUGGCCAUGAUACUGUUUGUGGGGAACACAGAGUCCAAUCACCUCUCCGAAAAGUUGUCCCAGACGCUUUAUUCAACAGUCACCAAUGAAGGAACAACCCAUAGUUAUGGAUACUCAUUCUGGCUCAUACUGCUUGUCAUUCUCCUCAACAUUGUCACCGUGGUCAUCGUCAUUUUCUACCAGAAGGCCAGAUACCAGCAGAAGCAGGAGCAGAGAAAACCCAUGGAAUAUGCUCCGAGGGAUGGAAUUUUAUUCUGAAUUUAGUUUCAUGUCACUUUGGCAUUACAUCUACUCUAUUUUAUGUCAGCUGCCUGAGCAGUAACUGGCUGGCUUGUCUGGACAAUCAGCAUGGUAAAGGGACUGUCACUCAUGAUAACUUUUGUAUUUCAUGAAAAGGAUUUUUUCCAUGUCAGGCAGGGUUGGGAGAUGAAUGGGAAAGGUCGCCAGUCUAUGUAGUGUUCUGAGCAGUAGAAUGACUAUCAGCCUAUGGACCCUUCCCACGUAGUCUCGCUAUCUG